CGUUCCACGAACUUCCAAUUAUGGUUGGUUAUCAAAAACGGGGAAGAGGUGCCGAUGAAGAAAGUCGGAGACAAGUUGAUCCCCAAUACCAAAGACGAGUUUGAUGCCGAGGACAUCAAAAAGGUCGAGAAUUAUGCAAAGGCAAUAAACAUGCUUUAUUGUGCCGUAAAUCUUGAUGACUACCUCAAGAUCUCUUGCUGCUCAACCGCCAAAGAGAUGUGGGAUAAACUUGAAGUGACGUACGAAGGAAUGGACCAAGUACGUGAAGCCAAGAUUGACUUCCUAACCCAAGAAUAUGAGAUGUUCAGGAUGAAGGAGCACGAGAAGAUCGACGACAUGUUCGACUGAUUUUCCAAGAUAGUCAAUGAUCUUCAUGCAUUGAAGAAGACCUACACCGACAGGGAUCUUGUACGAAAGAUCCUACGGAGUUUGACAUCCGAAUGGUGAUCUAAGGUCGAUGCCAUCUAUGAGUCAAUCGGCACAUCAAAUGUCACCAUCGACGGUUUAAGAGGUAAAUUAAAAAUGUAUGAAUCUACUAUACUUAACCCGUCUUUGAAUGAUCAGAGUAAAGGAAUAGCAUUAAA